GUUUUCUGUCCGGGUCAGAACCUGGACUCGGACCUGGGCAGCGUGGGCAUCGAGGGAUGUUGGCAGGCUGAUAGCCAGCGGCUGCUCAAUGAGGUCAUGGUUGAGCAUUUCUUCAGGCAAGGUGUGCUGGACGUGGCAGAGGAGCUGUGUCAGGAAGCUGGACUUUGCAUUGACCCAAACCAAAGGGAACCUUUCAUAGAAUUAAACAGGAUAUUAGAAGCACUUAAACUCAGAGAUUUAAGACCUGCUUUAGAGUGGGCUGUGGAGAACCGCGAGAUGCUUAUGGCCCAAAACAGCUCCCUGGAGUUCAAACUUCACCGCCUCAGCUUCAUCAGGCUGCUGAUGGGAGGCACAGCCAAUCAGAGAGAAGCCCUACAGUAUGCAAGGAACUUUCAACCUUUUGCUGUCAACCAUCAGAAAGACAUACAGGUGCUCAUGGGCAGCUUGGUGUACCUACGCCAGGGCAUAGAGAACUCGCCCUACGUCCACCUGCUUGACUCGAACCAGUGGUCUGACAUCUGCGACAUCUUCACCCGCGACGCCUGCUCACUGCUGGGCCUCUCCGUGGAGUCUCCCCUGAGUGUCAGUUUCUCAGCUGGCUGCGUCGCUCUGCCUGCCCUCAUUAACAUCAAGGCGGUCAUUGAACAGAGGCAGUGCAUAGGGGUGUGGACCCAGAAGGAUGAGCUCCCGGUAAGAACAGCCCUUUUAACACAGCCACGUCCGUUUGCUCUUAGAGGCCUGAGGUAUUUAUUGUGUUGUGGAAAAUAAACUGUCCAGAUCAGGAGUUGGUAGUCUCAUCCGCGAAGGGCCGUUGGGUAUGCAGGUUUAGCUGCAUUUCCCUAAUUAAAUUACUAAUUGGAGGACUGACUGGCUGAAGAGUCCUCACACCUGGGUUUGAACAGCUGACCUAAAGGUUAUCCCAAAAACCUGCACACACACCGGCCCUUUGUGGAUAAGACUGGCUAACUCUGGUGUAGAUGUAGCAUAGCUAUGUUAAGAAAAAAUAUAAAGGCCACUGCAGCUCUAAUUUCCAUGAAGAAAAGGUUUGUUCUAGAAAAAGCAUAACUACAGAAUGAUCUAAUCCUGUUUGCUCUUAAACUGUUUCCUCUGUAAUGUUUUACUGCCAUUGGUAGCUUGAUAUCUGCAUAUGUUUAUUGUUCCUGAAGUUAUUUAUAGGAACUGAGAUUGUAUUGACGAGUUACACCUGCCUAACAUUAAUUGCAUAAUGUAGACAGUGCCUCGCUCUGGAGUGAAUACUCUCUGAGUAAUCACCGAGUACUUCAUUCCGCUUACGGCGGCCUGUGGGAGUGAAUACUCUGAGUAAUCA